AUGACGGGCGAAUAUGCCCGCCCACAAGCCGAGAACUUCCGCAAAGGUUCGGGUGGUAUACCUGAUGGUGACAUUCCAGUCGACCUGGGUGUCUUCAAGUCGGAACCUGCUCUCUGGAUUGGCUAUGCGUUCAAUUCCACAGUAAAGCUCGCGGAAGACGACCCUCUUGCAAAGAAUUGGACACAUCGCUAUGAUGCACGAAUCAUGCGCUGCAUACAUAUGGAAACUAAGUAUACAGUCAGCUGGAACUUCACUGAACCCUUCUUCAAUUCCACGGUCAAGCUAGAACCGCAGAGGCUCAUUAUAGAUGCCAGCUUUCCGCGGGGAGUUGACGGCAAGAUCAACUACACCAUCGAUCCGGGACCAGCAGAAAAUUACGUCAGCCCGCGGGACGAUGUGGGUCUAUACAAGAAGACGGCCGCAUACCAUGCUGUCGGCGACAUGUUCAGAAACUUUCUUCGUGGGCACGUCGAUCUCGAACCGCCAUUGCCAGGACCAUACUACGCACAAGUCUAUUCUGAUGUUACAAAGACACGACUAGUCGAGAAGAACAGCGAGCCUAAGCAAAACUUAACGGACGAGAUCGAGACCUUCUAUUCAGACAUGGUUCUGUCAUUGCUAUCAGCGCCAGAGAUGCUAGCAGUCGCCGAAGAACAGCUUACAGUGAACCGCUCGCGACUCCAAUCCUCAUUCGUCUACGUCCCCGAACGGCUCUGGCAAUGUUACGCACCAGUUGUCUUCAUCACACUCCUGAUUCUCCUGUUCGGCGCUUUCACAAUCUGGCAAGACGGGACGACGUUCUCGACUGGCUUCUCUCGUAUUCUAGUUACCACACGGAAUACCACCCUCGAUGACAUCAGCCGCGGCGCAUGUCUGGGUAAUGAUCCUUUCCCCUUGGAGUUGAUGCAUACCAGACUUAAGUUCGGUGUUCUUGCGAAUAGCAACGAUCCAGAGUACAUGAGGGAACAUGGGUAUCAGGGGAUUGGCGACUUCCAGAGUGUGAACCACUGUGCUUUUGGCGUUGCUUCGGAAAUCGCGCCUAUUGUCAGAGGUGCGCCGUAUGCAGGCUUGACGAGGCGGCAUAAUGGAAAGAUGUGA